AUACCCGGAGUCCGUCCGAGUCCGAGUCAGUCUGGCUGAAAGUUCUGGAGGCGAGCAGGGUCAGGCGAGACCGAAGUCCGGAGGGUCAGACUGGAUUUAAAUUAGACCGAGACACGGAGAUUAUUAUUUGGUUUUAAAUUUGAACCCACAUACGGACAGAAGGAUCCGAGGACUCGGCUUUGUUCGCUUCAACUAGAAAAAAAAAAAGAAACAAAAAAAGUAGUUUUAUUUUUCGUUUUUUUUUAAAUCGAAAGUUUCGGUUUGGUUUCGUGUCAGUCUUCGGUCAAAGUGUCUUUUACUCAAACCGAAGAAGAAGCUCAACACCGAACAGCUGACUGACGACAGAUUGCGCAACCGAAGCGGUAGCUUAAUAAAAAGGGAGACAAAGACGUCACCACCAGACAGAAGAGUCCCAGUUCUCCCAGUGUCAGAGCUGCUGGUUCCAGUCGGAGUUCAACUUUAAAGAAAACCUUUGACUUUUUAUGUCUUCCGCCACUUCUGGUUCAAACAGAGACAGGCACACACACACACAGAGAGAGAGAGAGAGAGACCACCAGCUCCACGCUGACUCCACUGCUUAUCUACUGGAUCUACUGGUUUCCUGUUGACCAACCAUUCGGACCAGUCUGUCUGAAGAGCGCAAGAUGAGCGUGGCCACAGCCAGGUCUCAGGUGUGUCUGAAGAGGCUACUGGACGAGCCCCAGGAUAAUUUACUGAAAUGUAAACGAGCCCGUCUGGCCCCGCCCCCUCUGGCACCCGGCCUAUCACCCUGCCUCAGGCCCAGAAACCCCGCCCCCAAGCCGAGCCAAAGCCAGUUGCCGUUUGGAGUCGGACCGUACUUCCUGUUUGAACGCUGUGAGGGGGAGGAGACUUACAGGGCUGUGCACACACAAACACAGCAGCAGUACACCUGCCAGGUGCUCCCUCUGCGUGGUUACCAGGAGCAGCUGGCUGCGUAUGCCCGGAUCGAUCACCACGACAACAUCUGCGGCCUGCUGGACGUGGUGAUUGGCCAGGACAAUGUGUACGUCUUCCUGCCCGGUCACCACGGUGACAUGCACGCUUACGUGCGCAGCAAGAAGCGUCUGGGCGAGGAGGAAGCGGCAAAUUUGUUUGCUCAGAUGCUUAAUGCCGUGAUGCACUGCCAUCACCACGGAGUCGUCCUGAGAGACCUGAAGCUCCGUCGGUUUGUGUUCACCGACAGACACAGGACUCACCUCGCCCUGCUCGGCCUCGGUGACUGCGUCCUCCUGCAUGGUAACCACGACGACUCCCUGACGGACAGGCACGGCUGCCCCGCCUACGUCGGCCCCGAGCUGCUGACCAAUGGGAACGGGUCUUACUCAGGUCGCGCCGCAGACAUCUGGAGCCUGGGCGUGUCUCUGUACACCAUGCUGAUCGGACGAUACCCGUUUCAGGACACGCAGCCUGCCGCGCUGUUCGCCAAGAUCCGCCGCGGCACCUUCAGCCUGCCCGAUUGGCUGUCGCCGCGGGCCAAGUGUCUGAUUGGAUGCAUGUUGAGGAAGUUGCCUGCUGAGAGACUGGAGGCGUCUGAGCUGCUGAUGCAUCCGUGGCUGACCAAUCCCUGCACUCCACAUCACAACAUGCACAAGACACAUCACAGCUCACACACAACGCCACAGAAUAAACAAGAGGACGACGACCAGGUGGUGCCAACGUGGACUAAAAAACAAUAACACACACACUUAAACACACAUUUGUACUUCUAUACUUGUGAGGAUCCUCACUGAAUGCAUCCCCGAACACUAACCUCAACCACCAUAACCAAAUAACUCCUGUCCUUUAACUGAACCUGAUUCUAACUUUAGCCCUAAUGGUGGUUCACACUUAGUACAGUUCGCGUGGACUGGUGUGAAAGCUGAACCCUGAACCCAGGUGCAAACUGAACAGCCAGACCCAGACCACCUGAAAAGGAGGGUCUCAGUCUGCGUCCAAGCAAACAGACAAAUCACACGUGGUUUGUGGUGUGAAAACAAAGGGACCAAACAUCAGAUGUUGUGACAGUUGAUGCAGUUUUGGUGAUGAUUUCCAAACCAAAAGCUAAAAAAUUAAAUCCAUCGGCUGAUUUUGAGCUAUUCAAGUAGCGUCCUCGUAAGCAAUCUGUAUAAUUAAUUUAAAAUCUAAUAAUAUAAAAAAAACUAACACAAACAGAUGAGGACAUGACAAAAUGUCCUCACUCCCACAGCCAAAAAACUCAAACUGGUCCUCACAAACAUAGACAUACAAGAACGUAUAGACACUAUGGAGACAGUCUGAUCCUGGAUUACUUGACCCUCAGGUGCCUUCCUCUCUCUGUAGCUAUGUCUCAGUUCCUGCUCCGCCUCCAUAGAAGUGACCCCACCUUGAGGCCUGAACCUGCUUCUUGUCUUCCACAAAUUAUUUGAGCUACAGAGGCUUCACAACUGAGUCACCAGUAACUGACAUAAACCAGAACUCAUGGUGUGUUCAGGUGCUCCUCGUCAGCUCCUAAAGAGUCCCAUCCAACGGGGAGUCACACUUGACAUGAAGACAUGACAGACAGCUGUCAAUCACUGUAAGAGCGUAAUGGUAAACAUAUCCGUCUGAAUUCCAUUAAUCAGUGCGUUUACAUGCACUUUCACAAUAACCCUGGUUAUAUCCUACUUUUUAAAUUGUUGUCAUCAAAUCCCAUAUAAAGACCAAAGUAUUGUGUGUGUAGCCAGAGCCUGAUAUACCUUAUUCCUCUGUGCCACAGAGCUCCUUUGUUUUUCAUAAACUAUUAAAAACACAUCACUGAGCCACAGCUUUGCCUUUCAUUACAGUAAACACAGUCAUUGUAGGUUAUUCUGAGUCAAACCCACACACACUGCCCUACUGCUGUAAAUACUCAGCCGCAGCACAUUUGCUAAAAACUACAUUGCCCAGCUGUUUUUAAGGAACUUAAAGAACCUUUUUAAAAAAUGAAACUAUAUAGUUUUUAGCCAUUUUU